GAAAGUGACGAAAUUCAUUGUGAGCUACCUCAAAAAUGUCUGCAAGCACAUCCCACACAAUUGAUAGCUCUGGAACCGAUGAUGAGCAUGAUUCAUCUCAACCACGUGUUAGGAGAUCAAAGGUAUGGCAAUUCUUUGAGCAAGAUUUGGUGAUGGUAGAUGACGUUUGGAAGGCAGUUUGCAAGUAUUGUGGGCUGAGACUUGGGGCUCAAUCGGGCACUAGUAGUCUUAGAAGUCAUAUUGCUACAACUUGCCCGGCUAUUGGUGAUGCUGAUAGAAACAGUUUUUUAGACACCAUAAAGAAAAAAUCUUCAGAUACCUUUGUGUUUGACCCCGUCUUAAGUCGUGAGCGCAUGGUUUAGUUUGUCAUACAUGCUGAAAUCGAAUUCAAUAAAUUUGAAGACCCUUACUUUGAGCCAUGGAUGGAAAGUCUACAACCAACAAUGAAAUGUGUAGGGCGCCAAACCGUUCGUAAUGAUUGCCUCAAGAUGUAUGAGAAGAUGAAGCAAGAUCUUCACAAUGAGUUUUCAGUCUUAGACUCUCGUGUGUGCUUCACAUCCGAUAUGUGGACUUCCCUUCAGAACUUAGGAUAUAUGGUCAUAACUGCACAUUAUGUGGAUGCUGAUUUCAAGCUUAAGAAGAAAAUCAUUAGUUUGAAGGAGGUUAAGUAUCCUCAUACCGGCUAUGCUUUAGAAGAGGCUAUUGUAAGCAGCCUAACCGAGUGGGGUUUAAGGGAGAAAAUACUUACUUUAACCUUAGAUAAUGCAGGCAACAAUACCAAGGCAUGUGAACUAAUAGUACAGCAUCACAAGCAUGAGUUGUUAUGUGAGGGAGCACAUCUGCAUGUUAGAUGUUCUGCACAUAUUUUGAAUAUUCUAGUUCAAGAUGGAAUGGAACUUAUUCAUGCUGCAAUAGAGAAGAUUCGUGAGUUGUUGAAGAGCAUAGAAUCUUCACCGUCACGAAUUCAGAAUUUCAACUCAAUUGCAACUAAUAAGGGUCUUAAAGCAAAACGUGGCAUUUAUCUAGAUAUACCAAACAGAUGGAAUUCUACAUUUAGAAUGGUACGAGAAGCAUUAGAUUACAAGUCUGUACUUAGUACUUAUGCUGAACAAUAUCUUGAAGUUGCACCAAAUGAAGAAGAGUGGUCAAAAGCCGAAGCGAUAUGUGUAUUUCUCAAGGCUUUUGAAGAAGCCACAAAUCUUGUAUCAGCUGACCGAAAACCAACUUCGCACAAAUUCUUACCAUUAGUGCUUUCUAUUCGAUAUGCUUUGAAUGAUCCAGCAUGGCAAAAUAAUGAAGUUUUGGUAGAUUUGGCUGCUGCAAUGAAGGUUAAAUUUGCGAAAUAUUGGGAGCCUAAACCAGUGCCUAAUGAGUCUAGCCUUCGGAGAAGGAAAGAGUACGAUUUUAACAUUGUAAUUGUCAUUGCCACUAUCUUAGAUCCAAGAAGAAAGUUUGAUUAUGUGGAAUUCUUUUAUGAGAAAGUAUGCAGCAAUUUCGAUCAAGCUGAAAAAUGUACGAAAUCAGCACAAGAUUGGCUGAAGAAGUACUUCAAUGAGUAUGAACGACUUGCAAGGAGUGAUGGCUCAGUAUUUGUGUCAAGUUCAAGUGGAAGCACCUGUACUGUUGGUUCACCUGUGCUUGGGAAAAGGGUACUAGAAGAAGAAUUUGCUGAUUUCAAAUCUCGUCGUCGAGUUGUUCGUAGGCCAAAAUCAGAGAUUGACACAUAUUUGGAAGAGGAUCCUGCCGAGGAUAGUAAAAGAUUUGAUGUGUUGGGUUGGUGGAAGGCUCGUGCUGAUCAGUUUCCAGUCUUAUCAAAGAUGGCUAGGGACUUUCUUGCUAUCCCACUCAGCACUGUAUCAUCUGAAUCGGCUUUUAGUUGUGGCAAUAGGAUUCUUGGGGACACAAGAGGCUCGCUAACGCCACAUAUGUUGGAGGCUUUAGUUAGUGCGAAAGAUUGGCUCACUAUAGUCCAAGAUAAAGAUAAGGACAAGGAUGAUGAAGGGAUCUUAAGUGAAGUUGCUGGGGUUGGUGCAGGGCAAAAUGUGCCACAGGUGGAAUCAGCUGGACCGGUGGGGGCUUAACCGAUGGAAUUAGGGAAUUAACCAAGGGAGAGUGGAGCAAAUGGAGUUUCGCCUUAAGGAAGAUACUCCCGGUGGUAAACCCAAGAGGUGUACGAGGGCAGGCUCCUAACAACCCCUUCACAGUUCAUCUCUUCAAAAUUCAAAAGUGUUGUUGCUCCAGAAACAGACUUGACAAUUAAGCUAUCUUAACAUUCAUGUUCGUGUAGUACUUGUUAAGAAAAUUCAACAGCUCUGUUGUUUUCACUUGUUCGGUUUGAUGCAUUCUACUAUUUGGACUAUGAGACAUGAGUAUGUAUACUCAGAUUACUGUAGUCAGUUUCAGAGUUGUGUUAUCUGCAUAAAGUCUUAAUCUAAGUCAUGUAUUUAACUAA